CAUCUCCGCCAUCUUGUUGUCGAGAAACGAGGGGCGACGCAGACGGACCCGCGAGCGAAACACUUCCACAGAUUUACCCGCGUCAUUUUUUUUAAAUACCGAAAACGCGUACGAACCGAUAGCCCCGAUGUGUUGAUGGACUGUGCGGUGCUCCAUGGUUUCGGUGCGGGCACGGCACGCGUAGGGUUUCGCAGCUCAAAGAUGGAGGACGAGGCGGCGAGGGAAGAUGCGUGCCGAGAGUACGAGUCGUCCCUGGAAGACCUGACAUUCAACAGCAAACCGCACAUCAACAUGCUCACCAUCCUGGCCGAGGAGAACAUCGCCUUCGCCAAGGAUAUCGUCGGAAUAAUUGAAGCUCAAAUAAGCAAGGCGCCCCCUCACGAGAAGCUUCCCGUUUUGUACUUGGUGGAUUCCAUCGUGAAGAACGUGGGCCGAGACUACCUCCCGGUUUUUGCUAAAAACCUAAUCACAUCGUUUAUAUGUGUGUUUGAGAAGGUGGACGAGAACACGAGGAAGAGCCUGUUUAAGCUGCGCUCCACCUGGGACGAGGUUUUCCCACCUAAAAAACUCUACGCUCUGGACGUCCGGGUCAACUCACUGGACCCGGCCUGGCCCAUCAAACCACUGCCCCCCACCGCCAACAGCAUCCACGUCAACCCCAAGUUCCUCAAGCAGCCGGAUGAGUCGUCUCCCGCCCGGCCUGCUGCUGCUGCUGCUGCUGCUGCUCCUGCGGCUCCGGCUCCUGUGGCUCCCGUGGCUCCGGUGGCUCCUCCUCCUGUGGUGGCCCCGGCGGCAGCUCCUCCGGCUGUGCCCCCCGUGGUCCCCGUGUCGAGCCUCACUCAGGAGCAGCUCAUCAGGCAGCAGCUUCUGGCCAAACAGAAGCAGCUCCUGGAACUUCAGCAGAAGAAGAUCGAGCUGGAGCUGGAGCAGACCAAGGCCCAGCUGGCCGGAGGGUUCGUGCUUCCUCAGUCUUCACUUUCAUCUCUGACCCCAAAAGCCAUCGUCCCUCCAGCCACUGUGAUCCGCCCCUGGAUUCCCCCACAGGUCACCACUACUGAGGCCAAAACCCCUGCUCCUGUCACUGCUACUGUCGCACCUGCCCUGGCACCUGCCCUGGCACCUGUUCAGGCACCUGCACCCCCUGCCAUCAGGGAUCCACGACUGAACCGACCUACCUCCAAAGAGCUGAAGGACAGCUCCCCCGCGGCGGACAGGAAACACGCCGAAAAGCCCGUCAAACUAGAGCGACCCAAACCUCAGCGCGUGGACGAAGCAAAGCCGACGUCCAAGUCCCCCUCGCCCCUGACGAAAAGUGUCCCACGAAACAGUAAAACUGUAGAGGAAAAGAAAGACCCGCGAUUAAAGAAGAGAGUCCAAGAGAAACCCGAGAAUGAUGAAGUGAGGGACAAAAAGAGGAAGGAGGAUGACGCUAAAGACUCAGAGGACCUGAAAAAGAAACGCGAGGACCUGUCGAAAAAAGGCAAACUGGUGAACGGGUCUGUGGUGCCCAAGGAGGAGUUUAAAAUGGGAGGCAACGCUCGGACGCACGCUCGGAAACGCUCACGAUCCCGGUCUCCGGACAGCGCCUCCCCCAAACGCAGCACCAGUCGCCCCGGCAGCCAUGAGAAGGAACGCCGCUCCCCCAAGAGCAGCAGCCGAGGCCGGAGCAGCUCGCCCUCCCCGCACAAGGGCCCCAAGAACAAGCAUGCGCGAAGCAGAGAGGACCGGGGACCGCCACCGGGGGCCAAAAAGAGCCUCUCGGACAGACGCAAACGGCCCGACGACAGGGACUCCCCCAGAGGUCAUGAUCCCGGGAGUAAAGACGCAAAAGACUCAGCGCACCGGUGGAGGAGCGGCUGGGAGGACAACAAACAUGGGAAAGAGGAGAUGCACAAAUCCACACCUCUGAGGCAUAAGCAGUACCCCUCACCUCGGACGCCCAAACACCGCCUCAGCGUGGACGCAAACCUGCAGAUCCCCGAAGCUCUCACCUCUGCCUCCAAGAAAGACCUGCUCCGAAGGGCGAGCCGGCGUCUGGAGAGCGGGGAGAUCACCGAGGAGGAGUUCCUGAACUUGGCCCAUAAGAUCAAAAACCUGUUCCAGUACCAGGAGGAGAAGCAGCAGAGGGGCGAGUCCUGGGACCAGUCCCCCAAAACGAGCCCCUCCUCUGUGCUGCCGACGCAGAGGGGUCCCCCCGAGAGCCUGGAGGCAGCGCAGGUCUCCUACUACGAACACAAGUCCAAACUCAGGAAGACCCAAAUGCCCAACAGAGAGCCCGGAGAAGAGUGGCCCGAGGAGGAGGGCUACAGGGCACAGAGGACAGGCGAGCGCCGCAGUAAAGAGCGAGAGGAGCCGGCGAGACCCAUGAUCGAGGACUACAACCACGGCAAAGAGUUCCCCCCGCUUAAGUCUCUACCCGGGCUCAGGUUUAAGAGACGCGCAGACUCCAGGGACCCCCGGGAAACAGCAGACCGGACAGAGUGGAUUUCUCCUCUGUCGGAGCGCCAGCGUCUGGAUGAUGAGGUGAAGAGCGGCUACGACCGUCGCUUCCCAGAGCGCCGACUGGAGCCGCCCUCAGUGCCCCCCCAGGAGCCCCCCAGAUUCGAGCGGGAGCGCCUGUCCCCUCUGCCGCCGCCUCACCCUGUGGCCCGAGACCCCCCCAGGGAUCAGCCAGACUCCAGCCCAGUGCCGCGGUUUGAGAGCCCCAACUCAGAGCACUCAGAGGAGGGACCACUGGAGCCGAUGCCUCCCCAGAACCUCCAGAACACCCAGCCCAAAUCCAUCCUCAAACCCAGACACGACGGACCAGAGCGAGGCUACAAUGACCAGCCUCCCGUCAACAGGCAACAGGGCUGGGUUGAGAGCGGUCCCAGGUUUGACUCGUACCCAGAGCCGCACUUCGAUGGCCCUCCCUCUCGCUUCAACGCCCCUGACCACUUUGAUCACAUGCCGCACGGUGGACCAAUGAGAGGCUUCGAUGGCCCCCGGCCUCAGGGGCCAGGUCGGUUUGAGCCUCCGAUGCAGAGGUUUGAUGGGCCACAGCGCUUCAAUAACAACAUGGGGCCCAUGGGGUUCCCUCCGAGGUCGGCACGUUUCGACGGGCCUUUCGACGGCCCGGGGCCCAGACCCAGACCUGGUUUUGACGGUCCUCGCUUUGAGCCUCGUUUCCCUCCUCAGCAGCAGCCCCCCAUGAGGCCCAUGGGCCCCCCCAUGUUCGACGGCCCCAUUGCCCCCCAGCAGGGCUUUAAUAUGGGCCCCCAGCACUUCACCGAGCCCAUGAACGCCCCCUUCCCCCCCUCAGGGCCCAUGUUCCAGGGGCACAACUUCAUCCAGCCCGGGCCCUUCUCCCAGCCUCAGGGAGGCUUCUACCCCCAGGCCCCUGGCCCCGGGAUGGGCCCCGGACCAGGCAUGGGCCCCGGGAUGGGCCUGCAGCAGCCGAUAAACAUGAUGGGCAAUGUGAACCAGCCGUUUAUGCCUCAGAACAACGUGCCUUUCCCCCAAGCUCCUCCAGCUCCAGAGAACCACUUUGGGCAGGUUGAUGUGAACGACCUUCUGUCCAAACUCAUCUCCACUGGAAUCAUCAAACCAUCUCAACCCGAGGGAGCCACCACCUCAGCCCCAGGAGCCCCCCCUCAGGCGCCUCCCUCUGCCCCUGUGGUGGAGGAUGAGGACGAUGAAGAGGAGCCAACAGAGGAUGACUUGCCUGACCUCACCAGCUUCAGCCUGGACAGCAUGAAACACCGUUAUGAGAGCGUGGUAACUCGUCUGUACACGGGGAACCAGUGCUGUCUGUGCAGUAUGCGCUUCACCGCGGCUCAGACCGACCUCUACGCCGACCACCUGGACUGGCACUUCAGGCAGAACCACGCAGGCAAGAUGGCCGCCAAGAAGGUCACGCACAGACGCUGGUACUACAGCCUCACGGACUGGAUUGAGUUUGAGGAGAUCGCUGACCUGGAGGAAAGGGCUAAAAGUCAGUUCUUUGAGAAGGAGAACGAGGAGGAGGUUCAGAAAACCCAAGCUGCAGCCAAAGAGAAGGAGUUCCAGAGCGUCAGGGCCACCAAGGACCAGGUUGCAGAGUUGUGUGAGAUCUGUCAGGAGCCUUUUGAGACGUACUGGGUCGAGGAGGAGGAGGAUUGGUUCCUGAAGAACGCCAUCCGUGUAGAUGAUAAGAACUUCCACCCGGCGUGUUUCGAGGACUAUCAGAACUCUUCGUACGUUGACGCCACUCCUUCUCCAAACAAACUCCUGACGGAGCACCCGCUGAGUGCCGUCGUUGCGGAGGACAAACCGAGCGCGCUCAGUUUGGAUGAUGUCAAAAUCAAAACUGAAGACGCGGACGAAGCCUCAUGUUCUGUCAAACAGGAAGUGGACUCUGAACCAAAACAGGAAGUGACUGUGAAAGAAGAGGAGUCUGCUAGCAGCUAACGGCAGCUAAUGAUUGAAGUGUGCCAUAAUAACGGGUGGCGGUCACCAUGGUUACGGCGCGUGGCGGGGCCUCGCAGUGAACACUUUUGUAUUUGCACCAGGUCUGACUAUGUACAGCGGUUAAUUUAUACAUGAGAUUAAAGUAUUUUUGGUA